CGGACUGUCAAACUACACCUUUUCCAUUGUCACUUGUUGCUGGUUUUCUCAUCUGAGUCAUCUCUGUAAAGUUUCUCUCCUGUUCGUCUAUGUUGUGGAUUUUCUUUCCAGGUAUUUUUUCUGAUUCUGGGUUUUUGUGAAUUUUUGUUUUUGAUGGAGCAGUUGUGAGUUCUUAAGAUGGCUGACAAUAGUGGAGAAAGCAAAAGCUCUGUGCUUUUUUCUUCUUCUUCUUCUUCUCCCCGUCCGGUUCUCAAUGAGAGGAUUCUUUCUUCAAUGACACGAAGAUCUGUUGCUGCUCAUCCUUGGCAUGACUUGGAGAUUGGCCCCGGUGCUCCUGCAGUUUUCAACUGUGUAAGACCUGAUGAUAUUAAAGGAUUGUUACUUGUUAGGGAAACAGAGAUGCACAGAUUUCAGUGGAAUCAUAAUUCCCAAAUCCUCACUGUGGUGGAAAUAGGCAAAGGCAGCAAAGUCAAGUAUGAGCUCGACAAGCCUACUGGCCUUAUCAAAGUUGACCGUGUUCUCUACUCAUCUGUUGUUUAUCCACACAACUAUGGCUUUAUCCCACGGACUAUUUGUGAAGACAGUGAUCCCAUGGAUGUCCUGGUUCUGAUGCAGGAGCCAGUUUUACCUGGUUCUUUCCUUCGGGCUCGUGCUGUUGGAUUAAUGCCAUUGAUUGAUCAGGGUGAAAAGGAUGACAAGAUUAUCGCUGUAUGUGCUGAUGACCCUGAGUUUCGCCAUUACACAGACAUCAAAGAGCUUCCUCCUCAUCGCCUGGCUGAAAUCCGUCGCUUCUUUGAGGACUACAAAAAGAAUGAGAAUAAGAAGGUAGAUGUAGAGGACUUUUUGCCAGCUGAGGCUGCCAUUGGAGCCAUCAAAUACUCCAUGGAUCUGUAUGCAGCUUACAUUGUUGAAAGCUUGAGGAAGUGAAGAAUUUGGAGAUGAGCUGCCACUUGGCAAUUAUUUUUUCUUGAUCAGUUAUGAUAUUUGGCCAGUCUAGACAUCUAAUCUCAUUUCCCUCUGUAAAAAUUUCUUAAAUAUUCGGUUUGAAUGAUGCUCAUGUUGCCCUUAGAUCACCAUUUACAUGGAAUCUAAUCUGCCUGCUUGCUGCCUGUGAGAUUGAUAAAGGAUUUCCCUCAAA